AUGCCCCAGCUUACUGAGAAGCAUCUCGAAGCCCAGGAUCACGCCCAAGAUAUUAACGUAGGAUUCAGUAAGCCUUCGGUUAUGGGGGCCGGUCUACAAAUGCCCAUCGUCGCAACCCAGAACUCUAUCACACCAGCUGAAAUUGCUUCGGCUAUGUCAUUCCUUGUUACCUUGCAAUUACUUGGGCCUGCAAUAUUCCUGACACUGUUCAACAUUGUCUUCGUUGAGGGGCUGACAUCGCAACUUGCUGUAUAUGCGCCAGAUGUCGAUGCUUCUUCGGUCAUCGCUUUAGGUGCUACUCGUUCCCGCCAGGUAGUACCUAGCGAAGACCUGCGCAGUGUUCUAGUCGCGUAUUCCAACAGUUUAGACAACGUCUUUGCAUUUGUUGCUGCUGCCGGGGCCAUGGCCUUUGUCACUGCAUUGGGUAUUGGCUGGAAAGAUAUUCGCAGACAGAAAGAUUCUGGGGCAGACCAUCCCCCAGUUGGUGAAAUUAAGGAGGAUGAAGAGGCAAAACAAGUGUCCAAAGCCUUUUAA